CACUAGCUGAGCCUGGCGCCAUAGCUCUUCCUUUGCUUCUUCCCUCUCCAGAUCCUCCUGUAGCCAUCGCCUCGUCUCACUCGAAGUGACCGAAUCGGAUUGGGAGGAUGAGGAGGAGAGAUCAGACUGUGCUCGAUGAUGACGAACCGUCGAAGCGGGCUGAUGAGUCGCUAAGUAGGCUCUGAGCCUGUCCGCAUUCAGGUAGCCAUCUUCGCCCACGAGCGACAUGCCCCCUUGCUGCCUGGCUGGCCUGCCCUCUGCGCCUUUCUGCUGAGCAAACGACACGCGACUCGGCUGAUUCGGUCGAUUGACGACGUGCUUGGCCUGGCCUGAGGGCGGAUGCAGCUGGCCACAAGAGCGCUAUCGGGCCAUGUCGUACGCUUCAGACCACCGCACGCUAUCAACCAGUGGGCCUGCGCCGCUCCUCGGUUCGACAGCGACACGUACAGCCGACAACGGUCUUUGCACUCGUCCUCUCGUCCUUCCACCCGCACAGCCGUACCGCCAUCCGUAGCCCGACUGAAUACUUCCACACGAUGGUCUGUUGCUCUUGCGACGGACAGCGUCACGCCUCUGGCCGAGCAAGCGCCUGUCGGUACAACAGAAUCGCAAGCAGAGAGGAAGAAACGAUCUCGACGAAAGAGACAGUGGAGACGGCUCGGUCUGACGGUGGCUAUCGUCUUGAGCGUUGGCUUUGUUGCCUAUGAGACUGUUCGACCUUUCCGAUUGUUCACGCUGGCAAUAGGACGAUGCACUCUCGUUGGAAUAGCAGUAGGACACUGUAUUGUCGACUACAAGCUCCUCUUCCGACGCACCUUCACCGACAAGGAAGAGCGCCAUCAGGCUUACGAAGCCUGCCAUAAGAAAUGCGCCGAGAGGAUACUCGAAGUCCUCAAGACCAACGGUGGCAUCUAUAUCAAAUUGGGUCAACAUCUCUCGUCUGUCCAACUCAUACCCACCGCCUGGAGUUCGACGAUGGUGCCCCUGCAAGAUCAGUGCAAUCCUACACCGGUGAGGGAUAUAGAACAACUCUUUCUCACAGAUCUGGGCGUCACACUCCAAGACCAAUUCACAGAUUUCGAUCCGGAUCCUAUCGGCGUGGCAUCGCUGGCUCAAGUCCAUGUGGGCACAGAUAAGAGAUCGGGCAAGAGGGUGGCCAUCAAACUCAUGCAUCCCGAUCUCGAGGAUUUUGCCUAUGUCGACAUGAAGACGACGACAUUCAUGCUCCGCGUGGUCAAAUCCUUCUUUCCUGAUUUCGAGUUCACAUGGCUAGGCGAAGAAAUGGAAGAGAACCUUCCGCUCGAGAUGGACUUCCGUCAUGAAGCGGCAAACGCACGAAGAGCAACGAGAGAUUUCCAAGAUCUCAAAACGACCUCUCUCGUCAUCCCCGAAGUUCUCUGGUCAGAGCGCCGUGUCAUGGUCAUGGAGUGCAAGCUCAUUCACUCCCUGAGCGCUCCCUGCUCACGAAUCGAUAUACAAGGCGGCAGAGUAGACGAUCUCAAGUAUCUCCACGAUCACAACAUCGAUCGCAAUCGCGUCUCGCAAGAACUCAGCAGGAUCUUCUCUCAGAUGCUCUACAUCAACGGCUUCUUCCACGGUGAUCCUCACGGUGGUAAUCUCCUCAUCCGACCUGCCCAGCCUCACUCACGAAGCCCUUACAACUUUGAAAUCGUCCUGCUUGAUCAUGGUCUCUACUUCGAUGUCGACAGAGCGCUCAGAACGAAUUACGCCAGACUCUGGCUAUCGCUCAUCGCUCGUCCCUCGGCAAAGACAGAAGCAGAUCGGAGAAAGUACGCCAAACUCGUGGGCAAUAUCGAUGACGACCUUUACCCCAUCUUUGAAUCCGCCAUCACCGGGAGAGCAUCGUUGGGCAAAGCAGGAGGAGGGAGUAUGAUGGAUCUGGCCAACCAGACGCCAGAAGAAGCACAUCGCAUCAGAGUUGCAGUAGUCGAAGAAGGUCUGCUCACGAGUAUCUUUGACCUGCUCAGACGGGUUCCUCGGCGUCUACUUAUGGUUCUCAAACUCAAUGAUCUGACAAGAUCGCUCGAUACUGCAUUGAAGCCAACUCAUCCUCCCUAUCGCAUCUGGCUCAUCGUGGCAGAGUUCUGCACGAGAGCAGUAUGGCAAGACGAUCAACGUCAACUAUCGGAAGAACGAGUCUCGACCGGUCUUUCCCUCUCGCUCAUCCGACGAUCCGUCUCUUCUUGGUUUGGCUUCCAGCUCUGGCACCGCGGUCUACUGUUUGCAGAGACGCUGGCCGAUCUGCGAGCAAGCUGGGUUCUCUACCGAGAUUGGAUAACGGGUUUGACCGUGGGCGGAUUCGAAGAGGCCCGUCGACGUAGAUCUGGCUUGCAUACGUUGGACUAAUACCCCCCGGCUAUCGCAAAGAUGUUGUACUUGCAACCUCGAUAGAUUGUCGCACGUCUCAUCAUGUGAGCGAGUCCUCCAUGUCCGCAUACCACUGUGGUGGGUUUUGAGGUAUCGCGAUCAGUGACGUAUCGAACAGCUCGACGUAUUGCUGCUCCUCCCUUGAGCGAUGUCGAUCAAUCGUUUCCGAGAACAUACCUCUGCUUGAAAACGGGCUUUCGAAGCUGCAAAGGAGAUAUACUCUGCUAUGGCCGCAGAGAAGGACCAAUGCUCCAGCUUACGCAAG